AUGGACAUGAGUGUGGGGCCGCCCAGGUCACGCGAAGCCCGAUGCGACACACACCUCUGCGCCCGUGGACUCGAGGACGCACCUGAAGGGAUUUCAGAGCUCCAGCCGGAGCGCGGGUGGAGACCUCUGUCCCCGGGGAGCCUCCCUGUGCCCCCCAGAGAGGGUCGGACACGGGAGCCGUCCAAGAGGGGCCCCGGGAGGCUGGGCCGCAGCGCAGCAGAGCGGGCGCUGAAACGGCGCCUUCCCAGAGCGGUGGACGGUCAGCGAUGCUGGUCCUGGAGCCGGGCCAGCCUGGCGUCGGGGAUUCGUGCUGCACCCCCCGCACCCCCGAAGGUGUCAGGAGCUGAGACGGUGCCCGUGGGGGCCUCGGUGUUUCCUGGGCUGCAGGGAGUGAGAGGAUUAAUAGCUGCAGUUGUGGCUGCAAAUCACUUCACAGAGCGGACGGAGGCACAGAGAAGUGCCUUGGAGUGGACUGAACGUCAGGCUGAGAAAGUCCGUCCUCCGCCGUCCGGCCCCUGUGCCGGGGUCGUCAAUCAGCUUAGGCCAGCCUUUGUCGUCGUCUCAUCCUGCACCCGGCGCUGGCCGUGUUCUCACACCAUCCUCAGGUUCACCGGCAGCUGUGAGGCUGAGCUGCGUUGGAGCUGGAAAAGCCCUUAG